GUGCAUUUGCAUUCAUUUAUGUUAUUAUAUUACCAACAUAUUAUGGAUGUAUAUCAUCUCAUGAAAAAGCCUAUUGUCAAGAAUUAGCAUGGUAUGUGGCUUUAGCAAGUAAUUUUGCGACUGGUAUUAUUCUUCUUUUAUUAUGUAUAUUUGGUGAAUUUAUUCGACGAAAUACACCCAGUGUUGCUUUACUUUCAUCAAUAUCUGGUCUUGGAUUUGUAUUCUUGGCACUCAAUGAAUAUUUAUCUGUAGCAGCAACACCAAUUGUAGCAUAUAUUCCAUUAGUAAUUGUAAUGCUUGGUUAUUUUGGUGGAGUUAAAUAUGGUCCAUUUCCUGUAGCAUUUCUUGCAUUAGCAACAGGUACAGCUCUUGGUUGGAUUACUUCACUUAAUCAAAUAUCGGCCGUACGUGACGCAGCUUAUCUUGUAAAAGGCUAUCGUCCAGUUUUUCCAAUCAAACAAAUCUUUGAUCAUUUUAAUUCUAUUAGUGGUUAUCUUUCAACAACUAUACCUACAGCUAUAUCAAUUGCUGUUGGAACUAUACAAUGUGUUGAAUCAGCUAAACGAGCUGGUGAUUUUUAUCCUACACGAGAAGUUAUGUUUGCUGAUGGAACAGGAACAUUAAUUGCUAGUUUAUUUGGAUCAGUUUUUGGCAUGACAACUUAUAUUGGUCAUCCAGCAUUUAAAAAGAUGGGUUCUAAACAAGCUUAUAUAGUUAUUAAUGGUCUUGCUUUUUUACCAUUGUGUUUUCUUGGUAUUACUGCUCUUCUUAUUUCUAUUAUUGCUGUUGUAUCAAUUAAUCCUAUUGUCGUAAGUUUUUUUUUUUUGAAUGCAGAUAAUUUUUAA